GUUGAUUUUAUCUUUAUGCCCCUCUAAUUCCUUUCUGCUGAAAUGACACAAUUUCAUUAUUUUCAAAUUCUACUCACAUGAGAAUCUUUCCAUAAUUACCUUUUAUUUCCCUUUUCCUUGUCUGGCAUACUCAGAACUGAGCAGAGUACUCAGUGAAGCUUCUCAGUAAACCACCUCCGCUUUAUUUGCUUUUAAUGUAAGAAGAUCUACAGCCUUUAUCCAUUUGUGUACGUGCACGGUUUGGAAGGGCACACCAUUUCAUGUUCCACGAGGGAGUUAAUGUCAUGCAUGCUUGUCUCGGCUGAUAGGAACGAGAAUAAUUAAGUCUCACAUAAAAUACCUGCACAUACACAAUGGAGGAGACUGAGUGAGCAGAACCGCUGAGGUGGGAGGGACCGUAUAUAUAGGGUUACAGUUACAGGGUUGGCAAGUUGAGAGCAAAAUCAUAGAAAGCAAUGUUGCUUGGCUGGUGAUCUCUGUGCCUGCUGGGAGGCAAGAUGAGCUUCCUGCACCCGGCCCUGGAUCCCUGCCUGCAGUGAGGGGCAGGUUUGCCGAAUGAAUGAAACCUGUGCUCGGAAAUAGUUCCCCAGCGUGACGGAGCACAGGCAGCUGUGAGCUCACGGAUCUGCAACCACAGGAGAUAGAAAAUUGCAGGCAAGUUCAGAUUACAGCUAGAGUUAAGAUCGCCAGUGCAGGAGAAAAAUGUGCCUGGAGCAAGCUAAAUUUCUGUAUAAAACAACUUACUUAUAAAUGUUAUAGACAUGGUUAUUUGUUUAGAGUAAAUGAAUUGACCAAACAGAAGCCAAGCUUGAUGUUCUGGAGGAAGAAUUUAUUUCACGUGCUGCUCCACAGCUCAUCCCCUUUCCCUGCAUCCACAUCUGAUGUCGCUUUUUGUCCUGACCAGCGGAGCACUGAGCUUGUGAAUCUGUUGACGCACUACAGGAUCUCACUAACUUCUAGUUCUGCAAUAAUAAGAAGAGCAAAUACUGAAACAAUCUCCAGAGAUGUUCUGCAGAUAUUUUUGUUUCUUCAGUCUGUGUCUUUUCCUUCAAACACAAAGGAAAUGCUCACUGGGGCGUGUGUCCACCUUGGGCGGCACUGACACAGCAUCCCUCCCUGGAUUUGAGAACCUCACGAUGGGAUACAACAAAUACCUCAGGCCCUACUUUGGUGGAGAGCCUGUUCAAAUUGCAAUGAGCCUGGACAUUGCGAGUAUUUCUAGUAUAUCCGAGAGUGACAUGGAUUACACAGCUACUAUCUACUUGCGGCAGCGCUGGACAGAUCCCCGCUUAGUCUUUCAUGGCAACAAGAGCUUCACGCUGGAUGCUCGUCUAGUGGAAUUGCUCUGGGUACCAGACACGUACAUCGUGGAGUCAAAAAGGUCCUUCCUGCACGAUGUCACUGUGGGGAACCGCCUCAUAAGGCUGUUCUCUAAUGGCACGAUCUUGUAUGCCUUAAGAAUCACUACUACUGUUGCUUGUAACAUGGACCUGUCAAAAUAUCCCAUGGACACACAGACAUGCAGACUGCAGCUAGAGAGCUGGGGAUAUGAUGAAAAUGAUGUCAUCUUCACAUGGUUGAGAGGAAAUGACUCUGUCCACGGCAUAGAAAAGUUGCGGCUCUCUCAGUACACAGUGGAACGUUACUACACCCUCAUCUCAAAGUCACAGCAGGAAACAGGCAGUUACCCACGACUGAUCCUGCAGUUUGAGCUGAGAAGAAAUGUCCUUUACUUCAUUUUGGAGACCUAUGUGCCAUCUACUCUGCUUGUUAUGUUGUCCUGGGUUUCUUUUUGGAUCACGCUGGAUUCAGUGCCUGCAAGAACCUGCAUUGGAGUAACAACAGUGCUUUCCAUGACAACUCUGAUGAUUGGUUCACGAAGCUCACUUUCAAAAACCAACUGUUUUAUUAAGGCCAUUGAUGUUUACCUUGGCAUCUGCUUCACCUUCAUCUUUGGUGCCCUCGUGGAAUACGCAGUGGCUCACUACAGCUCAUCACAAAAACGUACAGCUAAAACACCUCAAGAGGGGCCUGCAAACGAACUUAAAGAAAUGGAAGAACUCAACAUCACUAGCAUCCUCAGCAGCUCCAUCACGAGCUAUAAACAGCACAUUAGUUUUACAGGCAUUGAGAUUUCCAGUGAUAAUAUUAACUGCAGUGACUUGACCAUGAAAACUCAUGAGAAAAUCAAAUGCUUCUUGAGAAACAAAAUGCACAGGAUUAUCGAUUCCUUCACAAUUCAGAACCCCAGUAAUGUAGAUCACUACUCCAAAUUGCUUUUUCCAUUGUUUUUUAUGCUGGUCAAUGUGUUUUAUUGGGCUUAUUAUUUAUAUUUUUAGUAGGAAGGGGUUGUUUUGUUCUCCCACUUCAGUGGGAGCAGAAUCCUGCCAAUGGUCAUCUAGGUAUCUAACCUCAGUGAAUCAAACAUGGACAAAAUGUUCUGUGUUUCCUGAGGUACAGAGCAAAAGAGUGGGUGGGGUAUGUGAGAUGCAAAGCCUUCAUGCUUCAGCAUUAGCAACAAUGACUCUGGACACCUGCUUGUUCAGCCGAGUGGCUUUGCUGGGCUCUUGGCUUGUAUGGCCUCUUCAUUACAGCAUCCAGCCUCUCUGGCCAGGGAUGGAUACAUAGGACUGCAUGUGGCAGUCCACAGAUAACUAGAAGUAGCAAAAUUAUCCUGAUAACCUGAAGUGAAUUGGAACCUUCUAGUGCAGAUCUCUACGAGGAUGUACGAUUACAGCUUUUAUUCUUUGUUUGCCAGAGAUAACAGUAACAGAGGGACUGUGAUUGCUGUCUCAAUAGCUCCUCUGUUCCAGUGAACCCAAAGGCAGCAGUGUGCUGUGCACAGAGGAACAGCUCCCGUGCACGGCACUUCCCUGUCCCGGGGGUGAUGCAGUGCCAGAGCAGUGAUUUCAGUGAUGCUGGCAGCAGCGCAGUUGUAUGCCUCGCUGUUUUUAAUACCUGGCAGACUCGAUGAGGUAAUCUUCAUUUGCUGAAGUUACCCAUCCCUGAGAGAGAUGGAUGGGCUCUGCAUUUGUAAAGCUGGGUUUUUUGUUUGUUUGUUUGUUCUUGUUUCGUUUUUUUUUUUCUUUGGAUACUUUUGGAUUCUUUGGAGAUUUGGAUACAGAGUCUAUGGGCAACAAAAGCCUUUUUUAACACAUCUCAUGUUCUUCCUGUUUGGCUGCUUACUGUUGUGCUGCAGUUGAACAGAUUUCUCUCCCUUCCAUGUCUUCCUCGCAAAUAGAUUGUUCUUCAUCCUGGAGAGUGCCUUCAGGUUUCAGUGCUAUAAGUAGCCCUUGUUUCUUGCCAGUCGUGCAAGAGCGGCCAAUUUUCUGUCCCCCUUUUUAUAUGGUUCUGCAGCUGUGGCGAGUCAGCAGUUCUGUUGGGUGAAAAACCCAUGAGUGGGGACACAGGCACAAUGAUCCAAAUCAGUCUUUUCCUCUCUGUUUAAGCCUGAAAAAAUAUUAAGUUUCUGCAGAAAUUCAUAUUCUAAGUAAUCCAUGGAAACUGCCAGUUGGCUUUACUUACCCUGCAACUAGCUGGACUGAGAGCACUGUUACAGAAAUAAAUACGUGGCACAUGCUUCAAAUACUGAAUGUUUGGGAACCAAAUGGCACUUGGUACUAUGUAUCUUUAGGCUAGUAGAAGGCUCUUCAUUUCCCGGUUUUAAAAUCAGCAUUUUAUGGCAGACUUUUUUUCCCCUCCUUUUUUGGUCUAUGAAACUUUCAUUGCUUUGAGGGUGUAAUCUUGCAGUUUUAUAGGCAAAAGAGUAACUGCCUGUAGUGGCUGCUGGUCAGCAGGAGUUUGGGCUGAACGAGGUCUCUCAGCAUGCAGUUUAUAUUCUAGUCUCACGCAUGCAGUGUGAGCUUAGUGCAGGAGUCUCUUACUGGGACUUGCUAUAGAAGGUGGGCAAAGCACGUGAAACUAUAGAUUAUUAUUUUUUUUAACCUUAAUAACUUUUUAUUGAACCACCUCGCCACGCUAUAUUGUGAAGGAUCUAAGCCACAUAUUCAUAAAUCAAAGAUUUUACAAAGCGCAGCACAAAAAGACAAAGGGGAACAGACUGACAGUGGCAAGUGAAUAAACACAAACUCUAAUAAUGAAAUGUUGGCUUGUAUAUACUGGCAUUUAAACUCCAUUCCAUAAAAUGUAAUAAAGUGAAUAUUGGUGAUAUGAACACAAACCCCCAGAGAGAUCCUCUAUUAAAAGAAAAAAAUCAUUGCCUUC